AUGGAAGGAAUAAUCAAGGCAAUUCAGAAUCAGAUCAGUCAAAAAGACAACCAGAUCAAGACUAUUCAGGAAAAUCUCUCAAAACUCUUUGAGGAGAGAGAGGAGUUGAUUAAAUCCUUGAACAUCAUCAUAAAAGCAACUGGUGGAACACCAGUAGAAGAAGACGAAAAGCAAGAACAUACAACAAAAGGAUUAGAUCAGGUUACACUUCCUACUGAUAUCAAGAUAAAAGAAAAAUCAAACAAAUGGUACGCUAUCUUUAGUGGACCAUUCAGAGGAGUAUACGAAGACUACGCGAUCUUUUCGCAACAUACCAACGGAAAGAAGGUUUCACACCAAACUUUCCAAACCAAAGAAGAGGCCCAAAAAGCCUUAAACGAAUCCUACAAGACUAUGGCCCAAAAACAACCAGUCGAACCAAAAGCCCAACUACCAUCAAUGAAAAUACCCAGAAUAGCCCAAAUACCAACCACACAAGAAAAGGAGGCCAUGAAAAAGGUCACCCUCGAGAAAUACCAGUCCUACUGGGCAUCCCUAGUGGACUACAAAGAAAAACACACCACCAUGGGUUUUUACCCAAAAAUGACCAGAACUGGACCAAAGGCUAUCUUCAUCGGAGAAGCCAACCCAUUACUAGCCUUUGAUUAUCUUCAACAUGGAUUAGUCGACAGUAUUUAUACUGAUUCAAUGAAAAUAUUUGAAGAAUUCCCAAGAAGGAUGAAACCAAUUAUCAGGAAUUAUUUCGAACGAUUCGCAAAAGAAAGAACCAUCUUCAUGAAGAUUAAAAGUUCAAUCCCGAUCUUCGGAAAAGAUAAGAUCAUACAGUCUCAGGCUGUAAUACACCUUGGAGUGGCAAAAGGAGAUUUGCCUUCAAGAGACGAUGCAUCAGAAUAUGAGAUUCCAGAUGACCUGGAAGCUCACUCAUUAUUGGAAGUAUUCAAGGCAUCAAGAAGAAUCCUUGCGGAUUCAGAAAUCAAAGUCAACUAUGCCAGCAGUAACGUAUUAGUCAUCACCUAUAACAAUUCGACCAUUUCAAAGGAAGAAAUGCAAGCAGUAGCAGAUUUCGAAUUAGACUUCUAUCACUUAGAAGGAAAAUUCGCAGGAUUAGAAGAAUCCAUCAAGGAACAGCUCUGCAGCUUCCUGAUGAGGUAUGAUGAUCACAAAUGCACUAUCUGCAAAGAACUAAAGGACAAAAUGAAAAGAAACAGCCAACCACCAUCAGAAGAAUCGGCAGACGCGUGA